AUGGAAGCACAAUCCUUCACCUACAUGCAGACACGCUCCCCGACCGAGGCAGAAAACCCUAUUAGUCUUCUAAAGGACGUUGACGGCAUUGAUUCCCUCGCGAACGACCUUCAACAGGAGCGGAAGACCAGUAGCGCUGCUGAGACCCGCAGCCGGCAGUCACUCAACCCGCGCAUCCAGUUUUUACGCCUCUCCGCCACAGUUCGAGGACGAGUCGGGAUCUUAGGAGCAACACCGCCAUAUCAGCCCGUGCCGCCGUCUUUGUACCGUCCUCUCGCUUUCGAUCGGGAACAGGACCCAGAUACGCGAUCCGAGCAGCAGGCGUCCUCGCCUUUGCGUAAUCUCGCUUUCGCCCACUUUCCCCUGGUGCAUGAGUCACAACGACACCGCUUUAUAACUGACCGAGCCACCUUUCUCGACCUUCGAAGAAUCCCUCGCUCAAGGACGACCAAGAUGCCUCAGUCAGGAUUUCAGGCGUUGAUCCUAUGUGGUCCCGGGAUCGGACUCAGCACCUUCACCAGUGUCCCAGCAGAGUUUCCUAAGGCCUUGGUGGAAGUUGCUAACCGGCCCAUGGUCUGGUAUGUCCUUGAUUGGUGCUAUCGAAUGGGCGUGACAGAUAUCACACUCAUCACGCCCCCAACGUCGAAAGACCCAAUAGCUGCCGCCCUCGCACAGAAUCCGUACUUGACUUCUCUGCCGUCACCAACCCCCGACCUACUAGCUCCUGAAGAACUGGAAUUCACGACACCGACCGCAGAGCUACUGAGAUUACCAGAGGUGCAAGCAGCCAUCAAGUCCGACUUUCUUCUACUGCCCUGCGAUCUCAUCUGUGCAGUCUCUGGAGAGACCUUCAUCGAGACGUAUCUUACCAGGUUAGGCGGACCAGGGGGUAUUGGGGUUAGCACAGUCUUAGAUCAUGACACAUCGAGAAACGAGCUUCUAGCCCUUGGAGGCGAGCGGCGAGGCCGACGAGGUGGCUUGUCAAUUUGGUACAACACUCUUGACCGAGAAGAGAGCAUCAAAGGCGAGGAAUGCGACUUUAUGUGUACUACCAAACUCGACCCCGAACAUGAAAUCCCACUGUCGAAGACCGCGUUUGCACAAUCUCAGGGAAUUCUUCGGAAACUGGUCUGGACGAUGCCCAUGUCUGAGCUUUGGGAUCAAUGUGAGGAGGACAAAUCAUGGAAGAUUCGACAAUCCCUUCUCCGGAAACACGGUGCGAUCAAGUGCAUGACCAAAUAUCGGGAUUCUCAUAUCUACCUCCUGCCUUACUGGGUAAAGGAUUUCGCAAAGCUGAACGAGGACUUUGAGUCCGUCAGCGAAGAUCUUGUGGGCACCUGGGCGAAGGCUGAAUGGCGCAAGCCUAGCUACCGGGCCCGGUUUGGUGCCGGAAAGAUUUUCUCACAGAAGAUUCCAGCAGAACGGAGUGUUGUUCCUUCCCAUGAACGGCCGAUCGAGGAAGAAAUCGACUUGCUUUCGCUGAGCAGCACACAGAUUACCGCGCAGCCACAGGCAGAGUCGUCGCCUACGCCACGUAUCACCCGACUUGCAUCGAGAGUCCACGCCGACGCAGAAGAUAGCAUCCUGUCGCCAACUGAAGGAUCUGAAGCCGCGGAGGAAGCAGGGCCGGUACCUCUUGUUCCUCCCAUCCUGUCUUACAUACUUCCCUCGACCCCGACCGCGCCUCUCGUGCGGCGAGUCGACACGACACCGCUUCUCCUCUCUGUUUCACUAUCCCUGGCGAAACUGCCCUCGGUAGAAGAAUCGCUGGCCGCCAAAACACCGGUUUCGCCGUUCGCGCAUCACGCCAAGGUCCACGCAACUACGACGAUCGCGCCACGCGUCACCAUCUCCCGUGCCGACACGCUUAUUGACAGUAACAGCACAAUUGCGACUCAAUGCGUGAUCAAGUCCAGUGUGAUCGGCGCGUCGGUGGCGAUUGGGACGGGCACCAGGAUCACCGGGUGCGUGAUCAUGGACGGUGUUACGAUCGGUGACAAAUGUGUUUUGACCAACACGGUGGUGGGCAAGAAGGCCAAGAUCGGGAACAAAUGCUCGCUGGUGGGCUGCGAGGUGCAAGACGGCAAUGUCGUGGCAGAUGCCACGGAGGGUAAGGGCGAAAAGUAUCUUGUGGGUGGGUUAGAGGAUGAAAUGGAGGACGAGGAAGGCUUGGGAUUUGAUAAGGCGAGUCCUGAUGAUGAUGAUGAGGACGAAGAUAUGUACUCUUGA